CAGUGCUCUUGGAACUGCGCUCACAAUGGCCGCAACUAUUGCCGCCGUCCUUGUGGCGGCGACGCUACUGACACUGACGGCUGCCAACGGCAAGGCAGUGGUGCAGCAUGCCGCCCCGAAGGGUGGUCAUCCGGGGGCUAAGCCUGCACCAUCCAGUCAUACAGUGGUCGUGGUGAGAGGGCGGCCAGCGGCACACGGGCAGCCUCAGUACGACUACUGGAGGCCUUGGUACACCUACGAUACACCCAAGCAACACCAUGGCCGGAAGGACGUCCACAGGCCCGUACCCAACUAUAGUCCACAAGCGCAUAAGCAGCCACAUCCUCAACACUGGUCUGCGAAUCGGAGGAUGGAGGGGGGUCGUGGCGACAAGGCAAAGGUCGGCUAUGUGAAAGAGCUGAAGCCCGUCGCCUAUAACACGGUAAUCGAGGAAGAGAAGAGGGUAGUGAUUAAGGAGCAGCCCAAGCUAGUUCUCAAAAAGGUACCCAAGGUAGUAGUCAAGGAGCAACCUAAGGUAAUCAUCAGGGAGCACCCUAAGGUAAUCAUCAGAGAGCAACCUAAGGUAAUCAUCAGAGAGCAACCUAAGGUAAUCAUCAAGGAGCAACCAAAAGUAAUCAUUAAGGAGCAACCCAAAGUAAUACUGCACGAGGUGCCAGUUAUUCUGCAGGAAGUUCACAAGAAGAAGCACAAAAAGCACAAGAAGCAGAAAACUAUGAUUUUUACGAAUACGCAUGGCCACCAUCACCAUGACUGCUUUUCCGACUGGUUCAAAGGCCUACACAAGAAGAGUAAGAAGCCGAAAAAGCAUCACAAGUCUGCGAAUACCCUCAUAUUAUUGCGCACUCACGCACCCUACUACUACUACUACACCCAGGCUCCUAGAUACUAUGCAGGUGGCUACAAUGGCUACAACGGCUACAAUGGCUACAACAGGUACAACGGAUACAACCUGUAGUAAGCCGAAUCACCUAUUCUUGAAGGACGUGAAUAAAAAAGCGAACAAACAAUUGACCUACAAUCAAGGGCUAUAUUAGAAAAAAGCACGCGUUAACGAUUUGAUGUUAGGUUGUCCCUUAUCGGUCAAAAUACAGCACAUGAACCUAACUUUCUUUGAAUUUAUGUGUUUUAAACUUUUUUAUUUUCAAUUAAACCACACCUUGCUUCCAUUCCCCCCCCACCCCCACUCAUAACCAUGCAAUAUUAUCUCUUCACACACGUUAAGUUGCACCUCCAGCUUAUCUGGUGGUGAAUAAAAUUGUCAGCGAAUGUAUUUCUUCAUGCCAUUGAAAUAAACCGAUUUUCAAUGUAA